AUGACAGGACCUGCCCGACAGAAAGCAGAUGAUGCCGUGCGAGAAGCCUGCUACCGCCGUUCAAAAGGCAAACCUAAAGCACAGAGGAAACAUCCAAUUGCCAAACCCUGCAACCCAGAUGUGGGGUGCCCUAGUCAUGCUGAUGAUAAGCCACAUCCUCAGUUGCCGCCACCCUCCACCUUUGAUUCCUUGCCAAUGUGGCGAGUGGGAACAUACAAUGCCAUGUCAAUGGUCCGGAUGGGCCGCUGGGAUGUGCUGUCGCGAGAAAUGCAAACAGUGGAUGUUGUGGGAGUCCAAGGGUUGUGUAGCCGGGCAGAGCAAGACUUUCCAUGCAGCUACUUCCGGAGUUCGCAGCAUCAUGUUUUUCAGUGGGGGUACGGAAGCGGCGUGUUUUCCAACAAAUCAUGUGGGGUGGCACUCAUGCUCAAACACCAGAAGUUUCGUUUGCAUCACAUCAGACAAAUUUAUUCGCCUCCAGACUGCUUGGCAGGUCGCGCCGGCGCCUUGCGCCUCAAGGGCGCGCGUGCAGAUUUUUUGCUGGUUGUGGGAUAUGUGCCAGUGGAGCCCAGCAAUCAAGCGCAACGGCGUGGAGUCCAUGCAUUGUUUUCCUGGCUGGAUCGCCUCUUGUCGGAUGCUCCAGUGCGGACAGUUCCUGUUCUGUUACUGGAUGCCAACGGCCGGACAGGGCUACACAGAGCAGGCCCAGGGCCGUGGCAAGUACUGCCAGGCAAUGAUGCUGCGGUGGGUGCAUGGGGUGCCGAGGUGGAAAACUACAACGGCUCCAAGCUACACGAGUUCAUGUUGCAACAUCAUUUGGCAGCAACCAACACUCACGACAGGCACGGAUGUGGCAAAACGUUUCAUGGCGCCCACCAUGCCUCUCGUAUUGACUAUGUCUUGGUUCCUGCUGGUCUCUUGCCACAUGUCUGCAAAGUUCGAGUUUGGUAUCGGAGUGCCUUUCGCCUGCAGCUGGUUGACAGCCCUGCACUCCGGGACCAUUGCCCAGUGGUUGCUGACUUUCGGUACGAGAUCCACUUUGAUCACAAAGUUUCGGAGCAAAGAUGGGACUUUUCGAAGUUGGCCGCAGCCAUCCAAGGCUCUGAUUGCAAAACGCAAUUCCUUCAAGAAGCCGAACGUGGGUUGCAGCAGGUUCAACUCCAGCAAAAUGGAACAGCUCCACACACUGUGGCUGCUGCCUGGCGACAGCUCAACAAUGUGGUGUGCUCAACAGCGCAGAAGCACUUUCAGCUUGCGCCGCCUGGCCGCGCUCGCAAACCAGCUGAUACAGUUCACGCUGCUGAACAGGCAUUGGCGGCCAGACUGCGCUACCGAGAUGCAGUGCAGAGCUCGCAACAUUCCCCAAGAGACCUUCUGCCACAGCGUUUUUACUGGCGUGUGUGGAUGGCCCAUGUGCGUUUUGUGCAAUUGCAACGGCAAGCAAAACGGCUCUGCCGCCAGGACAAAAGAGCACGUCGCUCUGAGUUGGUGGAACAACUGGCGUCUGCGGCUCGCCGGAGCGAUUUGGCUCUGCAAUGGAAAUUGGCUUACCAGCUGGCUGGGGGCAGCCACGGGCCCAAAAAGCGGCGCUACAACAUGCCGCAGAGGUUCCGCCCUACAGCUUCUGAAUGGGUGGAAGAGUUGGUGCAAUCCGGCCCUGCAGGUGGUUGUUCAGCUCGCACACUCAACGCAUUUUCCACAAGCGAAGUGGUUUCUGGAAUGGAUGUGGGCACAGCCACCUUGGGUUCUUUUGCUGAUUACAAUGGCUCACCAAUGUCCAUCCCUCCGGUGCAAGUUGAGGUCCAUGCUGAAACUUUGGCCAACGAAGAUUUUGCGGGUCUUUGCGCAAGUGUUCGCAGCCUGCGGCGUGGCCGCUCGGUGCCGGAGUGGAGUGCUCCUGCGGAAGUUUGGCGACUCCUUCUAUUUCCUGCAGAGCAUCUCUCCCAGGGGCACACUUUGCCUCCUGGCACGCAUGGCAGUUGUGAAGGGUUGCUGCGCACCUUGCUCUAUUUGGUGCGACGCAAUCAAGAAGUGCCUUGGCUAUGGAAUCUUUCUUCACCAGUUGAGCUUGACAAGUCGAAUGGGAAACGCGGGUGUGCAGGCAAGCGCCUCAUUCACAAGCUGGAUCCGAUUGGGAAGAGUUUUUUUCACAUGCUCUGGACUCGGCAAGGCGAUGUUGCCAGACACUAUGCAUGCGGCUUUUUGCGCCACAGACGCAGGGAGCAGGCAAUACUGCAACAACGGUGUCUCAACUGGAAAUUGCAGAAAACUGGCCAGAGCCGGGUUAGUGUGCUCUAUGAUGUCAAAAACGCGUUUCCAUCACCAUCGCACGCAAGCUUGGACCUGGCUGUUUGUUCCAAUUGCCGACCUGCGGACGCAAAUUUGCUUUGCUUGCGCCACCGUGCUGCUUUCAUUCUGGUGCGCGACCCUUUCAAACCUGAAUUUACAGUGGUUCAGAUUGGUUGUGGCAACUUGCAAGGUGACCGGGUGGCUCCGUCUCAAUUUUUGGCGGUAUACCACCCUCCUCUGGACGAGUGGAAUGACAGAUGCAGGCGCAUGGAGCAUGGUGGUCAGUUUGUACUUCGGGACCCUGUUUCUGGCUUGCAAGUGGACACAGCGCUCAGCACAUUUGCAGAUGACGUUGCUAGAACUCAUGUGGUUCCUCGCAUUGCUGAUUUUUCACCCACCAUGCAAACCUUGGACUCGCAUUUUGAUGCGUGCUUGGGUCGGCUUCACAUGGGCCAAAACCAUGACAAAAAAGAGCUUUUGGUCCGCCUUAUGGGCAAAGGGGCCCAGCUGGCAAUGCAGCGCAUUUACCACGGACACAUACAAGUUCGUGGCCGCUGCCAAAGAGUGUGCAAAUACUUGGGCAGUCUCCUUCACCAUUCUGGAGCCACAUCCCCUGAAGUCUCCAAUCGCAUUGCUGUGGCCAAGCGAAAUUGGGCAAUCAUGCGCAAGUUUUGGUUCACGCGCGGGGUUGCUGCAUCUCAACGGCGGUUGGUCUUCUUGGCUAUGGUGGUGUCUCCUUUGUACUCAGGUAUUGAAACUCUGCAGACUCAUGAUGGUGACAAUGUCCGACUUGGAAGAGUGCUUGCCGCUCUGGCUCGAAAAUUUUGCCAAGGACGUGCCUGCCUCAAGCCACACGAAGAUGCUCACGGCCACCAUCGCAGCUUGUCAAAUUCGGCUGUGUUUGAACUUUUGCAAAUCUUUCCGCCUGCCUGGGAGCGCCGAGCCCGCCGUCUUCUCUGGUGGCAAAGCAUCGCCCGGCACCCUGGCGACAAUGUGUCGCUACUGGCCACAGUUUUUGGACAAUAUGGCUGGGAAAAUGGGCCGCCUAUUGGGGUGGAUGGGAGAGUCACUGCUCUUGCAAACCCAUGGCUGCGGGAACUGGUGGAAGAUUUGGACAAGUUGGGUGAGCCAAAUUUGGUGGCUGACCAGCCACUGUCGAUUUUUUUUCAUCCUUGCAAAGAUUUGUUUGUCAAUCUUCCUAUCAGGACCCUGCUGGUGCGUAAAUACAGAGAGGAGUUGGCAGCGCUUGGACUUGCGCCAGUGGAGAAUGCAGAUGAGGUGGCGCCUGUGGGUCCGGCUCCACUUCGUUGUGACUGGAUUGGUGCUGAUGGGGCACAGUGUGGCUACACCGCGCAAUCCACAACGGCCCUUUCCACACACAGACAUCGCCUUCAUGGUGUGCGCAUCACUGCACGACAAAUUGUGGUUUGCAAUCAGUGCCCGUGGUGUCGUAGGAUCUUUGCUUCCGUUGAGAUUGCCAAACGUCAUGCUCAUGCCCGUGUCAAAAAAGGGCACUGCCCUCGACAAGGGGGGAAUGCUGCUGGCAUGGUGGAGCAAUUGCGUCCCCCUCCAACUUUUCGAUGUCCAGUCUGUCCUCAUGAAGCAGUUGAUUUGGAAACCUUGCAGACACAUGUGGUGGGCCACGUCCCCGCUGGCCAACAUGUUUUGCACCAGUACCUCAUUGUCUGCCGCAACCUUGAAAGUGCAGUUUUUGUCACCUAUAUCCUGGCCAAGGAGGGUGCGUAUGCUCAGGCUGCUUCGGCCGCCGGCCAGACAUAUGCGCAGAGAGCUCGCGCUGCGGGAAAGAAUCACACCCUGGGACAGCCGUCUUCGUGGGUAUGGGCUGCUUUGACCCAAGCCGCCUUGAAAGACGAAGCCCUGUCUGAGGAGAAGCGUGCCAUGGUGAAGCAACAUUGUGAUUCUGUCACCGAUCCGGCUGUGCUGAGCGAUCAGGUCCUCUACUGUCGAGUGUCCAAAGUAUAUGACCAGACCAAGGUUCGUCUCCAGAUCUCGGUCGCUCCAGGUGCUCUGAGUGAUGUGCUGACUGUCUUGCAGGAUGGCAUGGAAAAAAGUGGAGGUUUGCGCAAAGAUGGCCCAGCUCCUCGUGGUGCACUUGAAAGACAGAUUCAAGAGAUUAUAGGUGAACCCGGCGUUGAGUGA